AUGAACAUGGUGCUGGAUUACCUCCACUGGUCGACUGCAGUCUACUGCGGCAUCAUCGCUGGUCUUUUUCUCCUUGCUAGCGCCGUUCGUCAGCCACCGUUCCCUAGUAACGCCCCUCCUUUAGCCAAAGAAAGCUAUCCUGUCCUAGGGGCGUUGAGGUUCUUCAAGUCUCGAAGGAGUUUUUGUCAAGAUUCUUCCCGCAGCACCAAAACGGGGAACUACAGCUUCCAUGUUGGGAAACACCGCGUCGUAGGCCUUUCCGGGCUCGAGGGCCGCAAGGCAUUCUACGAGUCAAAAGAACUCAGCAUGUUCGAGGGCUAUUCGGUCCUGUUAAGUGCCACGCCUGACAUCGAUCCUGGCGCGGGCGAAAAUCAGUUCGUCUCAUGGUUCAACAAAACCAUCACGAAACUGUUGAAGAGGGAGAACUUUGUCAAGAACCUCCCCAUAAUGGUCAACGAUGCAACGACCGCCAUCAGCCAGCUUCUCGAUCGCUGCGCGGAGAAUCGUGGCGUUUUCGAUCCCUUCGACGAUAUCAACAAGCUGGUCUAUCAGCUCAACAUGCGCACAUUGGGUGCCACGGAGAUUGCCGAAUCUCCAUCUCUGCUGGACAAGUCUCUCCGCCUCGUCGAUGAGAUAAACCAGAACAACAGCACUGCCCGCAUCAUAUUCCCAUUUGCCAUCACCCCCACUUACCUUCGGCGCUUUGUCGCUGCGGGUCGUCUUUAUCUCAUGUUCAGGAAGCUUGAGCAAGAUAGGAGAAGGACAGGUAGGCGGGAGCAAGACACCUUGCAAUUCCUGAUGGACGAGGGCGAAGAUACCCUUAAGAUCAUCAUGUUUAUAGUUGCCUCACUCUUCGCCGGCCAGCUCAACUCCGGGGUGAAUGCCGCCUGGGUUCUCUGCCGAUUGGCCGCAGACGCCAAUUGGGCCCAACGAGUCCGAGCCGAGGUAGAAAGUGCAGUUGCGAAACGCAGGACUCGAUCGGAGCAGACGGAUUUGGAUGUGCUUAGAGAGCUGACUAUAGAUGACUGGGAGUCGUGUUUCCCCACGACCAACCUCUGCCUGCAGGAGUCGAUCCGCUUGCACACCGUCGGGGCCGCGUUCCGCAAAAAUAUGACAGACCGCAAUGUGCCCAUCGGUAAGACGGGCGAGGUCAUACCUAGAGGUGGUUUCGCUGCGCUUCACAUUGACGAUGUCCACAUGAACCCAGACAUCUACACGAACCCCUCUCUGUUCGAUCCUGGCCGCUUCUCCCCAGACCGUGCCGAGGACAAGAAGGCGCCGUUAGCAUAUGGCGGGUGGGGUCACGGACGUCAUUUUAUGCGAUACGAACGGUAG